AUGAAUUUUAGCAAAUUCGACAGUGCCGAACUCGCUGGCUGGAUCUCCACAAACGGGGGUCGGGACUUUGAUGCAAUCGCCGCUCACGUGGUUGCGGUUUCGUCGGGAGUGCUGGUCCUGAAGGCAGAACGGCCUGUUGACCUGUGGCUGAUCUGCCAGUCGACCUCGCAGGAUCUGGUCUGCGGUUCUUUGGGUGGACCCGCGUCUGUUCGUCACAAGCCUGCAGUGGUUUCAGGUCCUGUUCUGCCCCCACUUUUGGGCGAAACGCGCGACGAAUUCACCGUGUCUCGGGGUACGGGACUGGCCUAUGAAUUGAAGAAGGGUGAAAUCGUUCAGAUCAUUGAUGUUGAAGGCCAGCAAUGUUCCGACUUUACGGCCUUCAGAUCGGACGCCCUGAUGGCCGGAGAGGAGUGGAUGAUAGACAGCACCGCGACACGGUCGAUGGUGCGACGCGCCUAUCCCGGCCCUGGUCUGUUCGACAAGUUCUACGAUCGCGAAAUGCGUCCGAUGCUCAAUGUCGUACAGGAUACCUGCGGCCGCCACGAUACGUUCGGCCUGGCCUGUACAGCACGUGGUUACGAGGAGCGCGGUUAUCCGGGGCAUGUGAACUGUUCGGACAACAUGUCAGAAGUACUCGACCCAUAUGGUAUCGCGCGACGGUCGGCCUGGCCUGCGAUCAACUUCUUCUGGAAUACCUGGAUAGAUCCGGACGACCACACGAUCCAGACCGCCGAAUCCUACUCGCGUCCCGGUGACUAUGUCGCCAUGCGGGCGAUGGAAGAUCUUGUCUGUGUGUCUACGGCCUGCCCGGAUGACAUUGACCCGAUCAACGGCUGGAACCCGACGGAUGUUCACGUGCGCAUUUACCGACCGGACCAACCGAUACGACGUGCCGUGGCCUAUCGCGAAAAGGAAGACGCUCCCAUGACCACCAGUCAGAACUCCGCGUUCCACGAGCGGCUUUCUGUUCUGACACAGCAUUUCGCACCCGCACGCAAUCUCUGGGCUCCGGUCAGCUAUCCCGCUUUUGGAACCUUGGGCGAAUACUGGGCUUGCCGGGAGGCUGUGGCGAUUCAGGACAUGAGCGGUUUGCGCAAAUACGACAUUGUCGGCCCGGACGCCAUGAAGCUGAUGCAGCUCGCAACGACGCGCAAUGUCGAGAAACUUGCGGUCUGGCGAGCCUCCUACACGCUGAUGUGUGACGACAGCGGAACCGUUAUCGAUGACGGCACCCUGUUGCGCCUGGGACCGGACCUGUUCCGCUGGUGCUGCGGUGCGGAAGAAAGCGCCCGGGCGCUUGAAGCGCUUGCGCAUGAACUUGGCUUGCAGGUUCGUAUUCACGAUGUCCGCGAAAGCCUUCCGAAUCUGGCACUUCAGGGGCCGAAAUCGCGGGAUCUGCUGCGCAAGAUCGUGUUUACACAGCCUCAGGUCCCUGCUCUCGAUCAACUGAAAUGGUUCGGUGUCACAAUGUCUCGCCUAAGGGAUCGCGAGGGAGCGCCAUUUCUGCUGUCCAGAACCGGAUACACCGGUGAGCUCGGCUAUGAAAUCUUCUGCUCCAAAUCCGAUGCGAUUGAAAUCUGGGAUGCAGUCAUGGCAGCCGGUGAGGAAUUCGGCAUUGUACCGAUGGGAAGUGCUGCCCUCGAAAUCGUGCGUAUAGAAGCCGGGCUGGCCGCACGGAACGCCGAAAUCGCGCCGGGUAUAGAUGCCUUCGAGGCCGGUUUGGGAUUUGCGGUCGAUCUUGCCAAGAAAUCUUUCACCGGCAGGCGGGCGCUGGAACGGAAUGCCCGCGACCCGCGCCGAUUGCUCAAGGGGCUUCUGAUCGAUAGUGAUGAUGUACCUGCGCAUGGUGCCCCGGUCUAUGCCGGCGAGCGGCAGGUUGGCAUCGUCACCUCCGCCACACGUUCGCCAACGCUGGAACGUGCAAUUGCAAUGGCUCGGAUCGCCGUCGAGCAGGCGGGAAACGGAACGUAUCUCGAAAUCGGUCAACUCGACGGGCGCAUGAAGCGUCUUGGUGCCAGCGUUUCCGACACUCCUUUCAUGGACCCGCAAAGAACGCGCGCGCGCCUGACAGGCUCUGAUCACAUCAGCCGACGUAACGGAAAACGGAAGUCGGUACGAAUGAGGCGUGAGUCGGUGUUUGCCUUUAACAGCUGA